UGGUGAGGUAACCCUUCAAGGCCCAGACAACCUUGUUGAGGUAGGAGUCAGCAAAGUUCUUGCUGUAGAACACACCCUCAUUGGACACCAGGUUUUGGGUCUUCACCAUGAAAUGGAACCUUGCUAUGUGGUCAGCGGCGCUCCAUUCCUUCUUCUUGGGUAUGGGGUUGCUGUAUUCAUUCCGUCUGUUGCCCUCACCAGCCAGGAUUUUUGCCUGGAUCUUGCCCACACCAACUCCCUGCUCUCCACUUGCACAUUUUGAGAGGCAUUCAGUCCAUAACUCAAUCCACCAUGGUUGCACCAGGCAUGACCUCAAUCACUCUGUCCACUCCCCUUCAUCUGUCAAAUUGAGUAUCUGCUGCAAUUCACCCUUAUUCCCCACUAGUUUGCCUUCAUGCUCUGUCUCAUCGUUAGGCUCGUCAUCUUCAGGAAUCAGGGAAAAAUCAAUCAGUGCAGGUCGGUUUUCUUCUGCCAUGAUGAUGGUAAUAUGUCAGGUGUACACACAGCAGUUCUACUAGGAGAUUUAUGUAUGAUAAAUAGACAGGUGUUUAGACAGAUGAAUUCAACAAGGUUAUAAGAGAUAAGAAGAGUGAUAUAGUAGAAGUUGGCAUGGAGAGAAUGAGAGAAUGAAGAAAAAGAAAUUGAUAAGAUGCAGGCCAUCUUGUUGAGUUAGUGUGUUUGAUGGUGAAAGAAAUAGGUUCUAGAGAUUUCUUUGAGGUGAAUGCAAUGUUCUUUGUGUCUUGGGGUUGAGCCAAGGAUGUUGCUAAUGAUAGCAGGCAG